ACCAAAUCUUGGCCUAGCUCUAGCAACAUUGGCAUAGGGUCUGCUAUUGUUUGUAAAAUCAUUCUUUAUAAUUAAAUAUGAAAUAAAUUGAUGAGCCUGAUUCAUGCUCUAGCAAGACAGUAUGUUGCUAAAGCAGAACUGUAAAAAUCUAACUGUUCAACGUAUUAAUGCUAAACACUUAAUUUGGAGCUUUUGGUCGGGAGUACAAGAUUUAAUAUUGCAAAGAAUUUGUGAAGUGAUUAGUUAAGGUCUUUAUUUUGAACAUGUGAAGCACUAUGUAAGCACUAAGCAUGGUGUAUUAAUUAUGAUUGUUACUUUUGCUGACUUUCUUUCUCUUUAAUAUUUAAAAGCCAACAAUGCUGAGAAAAAGAUGCGCAAGACCCACAAUAUUAACUUCUUCAGAAAAGAAAACCAGGAGACAAAUUAUUGAUAAAACGGUGGUGUACACAAGGAUAUACUUGGGGAAUCAAAUUGGCCGAUGGCUGACCUUAAGGGAAAAACUGGAUUUCAAAAGUGACACAGACCUUGCAGGAUUUUUGCUGGAUCUUUUCAGGGAGCGACCCCUUGUUUUUGUAAAAUGAGAGGGUGUGUGUCUUUUUAGUGUCCUCUUAUGAAGAUAGUCCAUGGCUGUAAUUCUUGUUGUCCAUCUCUGAAUCCCCUCUUUAUUUCUACUACAACUUUUUGCCCUGGGAUGACCAGAACUAAACAGAGUAUUCUAGCUAUGACAAUGAUGAUCCAUUACCUAAAGAAGCAGUAGUCUCCUUACCUGAAGAUAUGAGAAUCGUAACUGCGAAAGAAGAAAGAGAUUUACAUGACUCCUCUUCAGCUGUUGGAAUAUGUGACAGUGAGGACCGACUGACUGCAGAAUCAGCCUGUUCUUUACCACAAAGUAGGGGAAUCAGAACCGUGAAAGAAGAGAGGCAUUUGCAGGAUGACUCCUCUUCAGUACAGAGUCAUGAAAAAUAAGUCAGCAUUCAUACAACGAGGUUGCCUGGUAUUCAGGUGAAGAUUCUCCUAUUGGCUCUGAAUCUGACCUUUCAGAAAGCUUACAAUGUCAUUACCGGCAAAGAGAUGUGGUAGACCCCCUGUACUGUCCUGCUUGGAAAAGAAAAAGAGGAAGCAAAGUCUCGAUAGAAGAAGAGGGAAAACAAGAAUCUAUGUGGGAAAUCAUAUUGAUAGAUGGUUGACACUUAAGGAAAAAUUGGAUUUCAGAAAUGAUGCAGAAGUUGCAGGAUUUUUACUAGAUUUAUAUGACAACUAUGACCCAUUGUCAAAAGCAUCAAUAUGUUCCCUGCCUGAAGAUGUGAGAAGAAUUACAGUGAAAGGGGAAAGAGAGUUGCCAGAUGACACUUCUUUAAUAGCAGCGGAUGGAACGUAUGACAAUGAUGACCAGUUGUCUAAAGAAUCUACUUGUUCUGGACCCGAAGAUGUAAGAAUCAUAACUGUGAAAGAAGAGAGGGAUUUGCCUGAUGACUGUUCAACUGAGACUGAUGACACGAACUCGAUCUCUGGCUCAACGUACCUUUACAUUCCAAAAGGAAGUGGUGUUGUUCUUGAGCGGACAGACCAGCGAGUCCAGUACCAGAAGAAGAGUGACAAAAGACUGGAACAAUGGCAUGUUGACAGGCAGGAGGACAGGCUGAGGUUUGCUGUCCAGGUGGAGGACAGGUUUCAACUAGGGAGCAGGCACUUGCAAAGCAGUGCCUGGCAUAGGAAUGGUAGCUGAGAGAGGAGGACAAUGCUCAACAGAGAACUGUUUCAGCAACUCCUGUCCAUACUGGCUAAAGAGUAUUAUCUCCAGCUGCCUCUCCAACUCCAUGGCAUGAUGUUCCUGCAACAUACCCUUAGUCCAGCAGUAACUUAGAUAAUUCUGUCGGGUGGCCUAUGCAUUCAGGACUCGUGAGUGGCUGGGCAGGACAACUAAACCCUGUGCAGCCUUCCUUCAUCAAUCCCCCCUCUGGAGGAAACCUCCACCACCGCUGCCACCUUCAACCCGUCUGGUGGAAAUCUUCCCCCCCCUCCACCCCCACCCCCACCACUACCAAGUGAGGGGGAAAUGUGUAAAGAAGGGACAGGAGAAUGUUGGGCCAGGGAACAUGUAGUGAUAGGGGGAUUAUGUCAUGUAUUAACUAUUUCCUGCCCUUUUGGGUGUGUGGUUUUGGAAUGGCAGCUGGCCUGCCCAACGCUGUGUGUUUUACUAUUUUAGAACAUGUUUACAAAUAAAGCAUGUUAUAUUUUCGAGAACGUUUA